CACUCACUGCCGCACUGGACAGUCACAUGACGCGCAAACAGACGUUAUGGAGCUCUCUCGCUGUCAAACUUUAACACGAUUUCACUGUUAGUCUGCAAAAGCGAUGGACGAAAUGGGAUUUUCGAUGGCUUCUGAUCUCCAGUGAUAUGUCAGUUGCAUCUAUGUAUCUGUUAUUUUGUAGCUAAACCCCUGCGUCAUGUCUGUGGAUGGCCCCCGGACGUCUGUUUUCACCUUUCAGUCCGCUGUUCACAGCCAUCACGUUCUGCGCUCGCUGGAGGAGCUGAGACAGAAGGAGCUCUUGUGCGAUGUGACCGUUGAAGUGGAGCGCAGGAGCUUUCGGGCGCACUCUUCAGUGCUGGCUUCCUGCAGCGGCUAUUUUUACACCAGACUGACAAACCACAGUCGAGCGAACCUCACCGUCAGGUUACCGGAUGAGGUCACGGUGGAAGGAUUUGAGCCUCUCCUGCAGUUUGCCUACACUGCAAAACUUCACUUCACGAAAGAAAACAUCCUCGAGAUCCACAGAUGUGCCGAAUUCCUCGGAUUUCAAAACCUCGAUAAAGCCUGCUUUGAGUUCCUCGUCCCAAAGUUAUCUGAUGGCGGUGGAACCUCAAAAAAAGUGACGAGUAAAAGCAAGAGCCAAGCGUCCCAUGAGGAAUCACGAGCCAUCUGCAGUCCAAAUGGCCAAAACCCGGAAACUGAUGAAGAUUGUGUACCUCAAGAUGCAAGCACUGUCAUGCAAGCUGCAUCUGUAACAUCCUCUGCAGAAAGUCCUAAAAAUUGUCCCCCGAUCUCGAAUGACAAAGAAAUGCAGUUAGAUUUGUCCCCGCUUUACACAAGAAGCACUUCAUACCACAUGGGUGAUGGCCAGGAUCAGUUUUGCCUGCAGAACUAUGGCCCACAGUUGCCUUCGUCUUCCUUGGUGGCCGCUGAAGUUUGUCCUUUCCUGUCUAUUUCGAGCACCAGUGACAAUGAGAAACUGAAUUCAUCUGCAGCUGGCUGUGGUGGGGACAUUUUAGCAAUGGAGGACGAAUUCCAGAAGGAACUAGCAGUGGAUAUGCAUUGUGAACCGCCAACUGAUAAAGACCUGAACAUGGGCCACUUUGACCAAUGUGAAGGGCCUGUAAUGCCGUCCACCGACUGUACCCAACUAUGUCCUCUGAAUUCUGCGCAGUCAAGCGGGGUUUUGGACGGCAUUUCUGGCACUCCAGAUCUAAGCAAAAUUGGCACUGAAGACAACCGGGUGUUUGAUUCCAACGAACAAACGUUCUCUGAACUGACCCCCAAAGAUUGCUCCACAGAACGAAGCAUGGAGGAAAGGGAAGUGGCUGAGCAUCUUGCAAAGGGUUUUUGGCCGGAUUUGAGCUCCACGUUAAAUGAGCCGCUACCUUUGGACUCCAUCGACCAGUCAUCUGCUGGAAAUGGCUCAGACUUCCACUGGUUAAAGCAUCUGGAUUUGGGAGCUGCGCCUGAUGAUUGUCCCUUCCUGAGAGACCUGAGCUCCAAUGAUAGACAGACGUCUGGAAGGGACACUCUGUCCAAAGAGGACACCGGAGACAGUCCCUGCAUGUCCCCCAUUAACUCAAGGGAAAACUCUGAGUGUGAAUCGGAUGGAGACUGCACGCAGUGCAGUAACAGUGAACAAGUGCAAGAGGUGGAUUUGCCAUUCCCUGUGGAGCAAAUUUCCAGCAUGACCCGGAGAGCAUUCCUGCAGAUGUUAAAACGCGAGGAACUGACCCCAGAACAGCUGGAGUUUGUUCAGGAUGUGAGACGGCGCAGUAAGAACCGCAUGGCUGCACAGCGCUGCCGCAAGAGAAAGUUGGACUGCAUCUACAGGUUGGAGGGAGAAAUCAAGAAACUGAGGAGUGUGAAGGAGAAAUUACUGCAAGAUCACAACCAGCUGAAGCUCAGCAUAGAGGAUAUACGUCAGAGCCUCUCAGGCCUUUGUCAGAGCCUCUGUAUGGACGCCUCGUCACAGUCGGAACAGGUGCAAGCAAUGGCCAGGUACGUCUCCUCCGACUGUCCCACCUCCGUCCUCCUCACCCCCAUGGCCUCUCCUAGCCUGGCUGGCCCAGACCAGGACACCCAUGGGAACUCCUCCCUGGACACCUUUCUUACAGACAUAUAUCCUGAAGGAGACACAGUAGCACUCAGGUUGCCCGCUGCCUUCCUGCAGGACAGCGUUCAGAGCACUGUUACAGAUCCAGCUCCAUGAUGUUCAACAGAGCAAAGCAGCUUGGGAAUGGUCUGAUAUUUCAUUUUUACUCAGGAGCUUACCUUUCUGCUUACACUUUUGAGCAUGACUUUCUUAUUAGGAGCACUUUCGUAAUGUUUCCAAGUAUAGACGUGACUAAAUUUGCACUAUUAAUAGUAGUUUCAUAUGGAAAUGCUAUGUUGAUGCAUACGGAUAUGCCUUUUUUUAUUGCUUGUUUGCUGUUGCGCCAUAGAGGUCAUUCCUGUUAUGUCACACAUUUUGAACUCUGAAACGUAAAAAAAAAAAAAAAAAAACGAAUAUGCUUGUGUUGUAAUUAAGUAUUCCAGAAAUAUGUUCUGCUAAGCUCUUAAAGUGUUAAUUAUAUAAUUGUAAAUAAUUGUUUAAUUACAGACUGAUAGUUAGCGCAUUAUUUUUGAUAUUUUUAACCAUGUUUUGAUAUGUUGAUUCUAUCAUACCCAUUUUCUUUUUUAAAUCUUGUCCAACAGGGAUGAAUAUUUUAAAGACAAACAAACUAAUAGCACAAGACAUCAAAUAAUUAUUUUUUUAUUUAUUAAUUUUUUUUAUUAAUUAUACUUUAACAGGUAUAUGAUGAUGUGUGAUUUCCUACCAAAAAUGUCACUUUCUGGACAGUCGUGCCAUUAAGGAACUGGCUUUUGUUACUUUAAGGAAUUUUUCAGCAGAUUAAUAGUGGAGACAAAGGAAAUCGCUAUAAAAAGAUUAACAACGAAAACUAUGUAACUAAGUUUGGUUGAAAUAUUUUGAUUAAAGAAAGAAAAGCACUUGGAAUAUUUCUUAAUAAAUUCACUUUUUAUGCUUUUUAGUGCAUUCAUUGUAAUAUUGUCAGAAAACUAAUAUGACUUUUAAAUUUGCAGCAAUUGUCAAUUUUAUAUUUUUAUUCAAAUAUAGACUUGUGGAAAUGUACUACAUAACAGGAAUGACCCCUGGAUUAAUUUCCAGUCCUAGCAUUAACUUAGUGUAAACUGCCACAAAGGACAAUCAUUGUAAUUCUUUAUUAUGUCAAGGGAUGAUUUUGUUAUGCUAUGUAGAGCAUAUGAAUAAGUACAUUCCAGUGUAGCCUAAUACGUCUUUGCAUUACCGGCAUGAAAAUUGUGCAUUGAAUAUGCAUCUCUCUUUUUUUUUAAAGGGGUCAUAUGAUGCUUUUUUAGCCACGGAUGGUUAAGACAGCUGACUCCACUGUGUGACCCUGUCUCUCUCUCUCUCUCUCACACACACACACACACACAUGACGUGAUAUGACAUGCAAAAGUAAGCAUUUGAACAUUCAAUAGCAAAUACUUAAAUAA